ACAACAACCAUUACAGUUCUAGUACACUCCAAGACAGUAGUGAAGCCCCUGAAGCAUUCCUCUCAUGCUCUCCACAGUUCAUACCAACCCAAGAGAACCCAACUCAGCCAAAUGCCCUGCCUGACCCCAAAACUAUCAAUGACACUGAAGGUGAAGCCAUCGUCGAGGAUAUUGAACAGUUGAUUCAACUCUUGGGUUUGUCUAGUUGCCAGGAAGGAGAUGAAGAAAAGGCUGGUUUGGAGUUGAAGUGUGGAGGUAGUGAAAAUGGGGGUAAUUCUUGUCAUUGUGAAGGCGGGUUUUAUGAGAAGAUUGUUGGGGUGAAGGGGCCAAAGUGUGGGAGAGAAGUGGAGAGGUUGGAGGGUUGGAUUAACUACUUUUUGAAUGGUGAUGGGGAGGGAAAGAUUGAGCCUUUCAGGCUAGCACAUUUGCUUUUGAGUAAAGCUGCUUUUGUUUCUGAGGGUGCUGAUCAUGGUUUUGGAGGCUUGGACUUCCCUUCAACGAUUGGGGAUUUUCUGUGCAACGAUCCUCCAACAGAUUAAUAUGUCACAAGAUCUAUUCAUUGUUAUUGUCUCUCUUAAAAGAUGGUGUUUCAUAAUUUCAUAUAUCAGCUUGAUGUAAGGUAAGGAUGUUGAGAAUAUUACAUUUGCAGAGUUUCUUUGCAAAAAGUUCUUAAUGAAUAUGAUUUGGUUAUCCUUUUUCCAACAGUAAUAUGAUUGUAUUCAUCAUAUAUUUGAUGUUGCUUGCAUUUUAACAUGGUACAGAAACAUGCAUUAUUAGCUAAUAACUGCAGGAGGAAACAGUAAGAUGAUGAGCAAAUUCAGAUUCUUUUUUAUCUUUUAUCUUAUUUGAUGCGUGGAACUCAAUUUUCAUUUGAAAAGCUUCUUUGGUAGCCAAGUAACCGUUGGACUUAUGAAAUUAAAGAUCAGGAUAUGAUUUUACAAAAUCAUGAAUGAAUUUGCUUGUAAAAGGAAUUUUAUUUCACAACAAUAAACAAUUAUUACAUGAUCAGCAUUGUUCCAUCUCUGAUACAACUUUGCAAUUUCAAUCUAACUUGUUCAAGAUUCAUAGUUCUGAGAAAUACUAUGACCAUGGUUCUUGAACUAUACUGCCUUUUUCAGCUUCAAAAGAGCAGACAACACCUCAUUCACGAUAGGUCGCUCCUCGGGAUUUUGGUUGGUGCAAAACAAGGCUAGCUUGAGCAGCUCUUCUGCACUUGCCUCCUGUUCCUUGGAGAUAUUUGAAGUUAGCAAUGGGUCCAGAACUUCAAGAAGCGAAUCUGAUCCAUUUGCAAGGGCUUUCUCCACUAGUUGGUGUAAGCUCAUUGGCAGCCCAUUCUCUUCCAUGAGUCCUGUCGGCCUUUGUCUUGUCAUUAACUCCAUCACUAUUACACCAAAGCUGAACACGUCUACCUUGGUUGUGAUUUUCCUCAUGCAUGCAAACUCUGCAGACAUACGUUUUAAGCAUAUGAGUACCAGGGAAAGCAUAUGGCAUUAUAAUUUUCAGAAGAAGGGUGAAACUGAAAAAGGAAAAAGAGAGAAAAGCUAAAUGGAGAUUAGUUUAUAAUUGUGAACAGCCAGCAAAUUGUCACCUGGUGCCAAGUAGCCAAUUGUGCCUUGGAAAGCUGAUGCCGUGGAAAGGCUACUCCCAUCCUAGAAGUGAACACCCAACAUUCUAGCUGUUCCAAAAUCACUCACAUGGGCCUCCCAAUCAUCAUCCAACAAGAUGUUAGAAGGCUUCAAGUCGCAAUGAACGAUGGGAAAAUCAUAGCCUGAAUGCAGGUUCCCAUUCUCCAUGUAUUCCAGAACCAAGGCCUUUAAUUUCGGUGUAUGUGAAGACAUGGUGCAUCGCAAAGCCUUCAACGAGUAAAGAAGCACUGGUCAACAAUCUACAAUAUGCAUGCAAUAACAUAAAUGCAAUGGAUUGCAAGGCAAUUCAAGAAGGAGAUCCCUGCUCCAAACCUAAUGAUCUUUUGCUUUAUGCUUCAUUUGCCAUGAAUGCUUACUACCAGGCCAGGGGGAGGCACUACUGGAACUGUGACUUCGGCAACUCUGGUCUCAUUUCCUUGACAGAUCCAAGUUAUGGUAAUUGCACAUAUGAAGGGGGAGAGACAGCGAUGGAUGACUCAAAUUCGGGCAACUGGUGUGUAGCAAGCCCUUCAGCAAGUGAUGAUCAGCUACAAGCGAACAUUGAGUUUGCUUGUGGCAAGGUAGACUGUAGCAUUAUAAGGUCUGGUGAUGCCUGUUUCGAGCCAAACACUGUCAAGAACCGCGCCUCAAUUGCCGUGAAUCUUUACUAUCACCAAACAGGUCAAUCAGAUACGAGUUGUGAUUUUAAUGGCAGUGGUAACAUUGUUAGAACUGAUCCAAGAGAUGGUCAUACUCCAUCCACUGAGGAGAUUGCCAAGACUUGGUGCGUCCCCAAUCCAUCGUUGACCUAUACGGCUCUGCAAGACUUGGAAACGUAUGCUUGCAAUUAUGUGGAUUGCUCUUCAAUUCACAGUGGGGGUCCAUGCUUCAACCCCUCAAACGCCUUUAGUCAUGCAGCCUUUGCCAUGAAUGCUUAUUAUCACGACCAACAUCAGUGUUUUGGUAACUCUGGACUCAUAUCUAUCAUUGAUCCAAGCAAUGGGAGCUGCUACUUUGCAGGUAGAGAAGAGACGGUUUCCUCUGCAGCAGCUCUGAGUACAUGGUGUGUUGCAAAGCCAACUGCCACUGACAAUCUUCUACAAUUGAACAUUGACUUCGCUUGUAGUCAUGUCAACUGUAGUGUUAUUGAACCCCGUGGUGAAUGCCAAUUACCAGACGCUAUAAUGAACCACGCAUCUGUUGCCAUGAAUCUUUACUAUCAAUCUUUUGGCAGAACAGAUAUGAGCUGUUAUUUUCAGUCCACAGGCAUGGUUGUGAUUGAAGAUCCAAGUUCUGGAACUUGUGUCUAUGAAGGGGUUUUCCCUGACAGCGAACCAGCUGUGACUCCUGUCCCUGCAAAUCUCAAUAUAAAAAAGGGGAAAAGUAGGGCCUUUUCUGCAACAUCAGUUGGAGUUAUGGUGAUGGGGUCGAUCAUUGGUUGUGCGCUGGUGGCAGUGGCUAUAUAUGUUAUGCUCUGGCUUCGUCAGCCCCGCCCGCCAGUGGUAAAGGAAGUUCACAUGGACCCAUUGCCACAGCCAUUGUAUCAACCACCAGAGCCAUCAGCUUCCCCAGCUCCUGUUGAGGGUUCUUAUUAGUUAUUAUAUAUAUAGUAUGAAAGAGUCAUGUUGAUGGUUUUGGUUCUCUUUAGGAUGGUGUAAACACGAAAAAUCCUGCAACGAAUUAAAGAAGGACACGUGUACAAAAUAAUAAUUUUAUUAAUUUAAAUGCGGGUUACAAUC